CUGUAUAAAGCAAUUGUCAGUCAAACAACAGUUGUCAGUCUCGAAGCGAAAGAACAACUCAAGAUAAAACUCCGAAGCAAAAUGAGCUGCUGCAAUAAAGAAAAGGAAGAAAAAGAGGCCUUCGACGCGUUUGAUACAGAUGGCAGUGGUCAGAUUACAUUUGAUGAAUUAAGUAAAGCUAUGAAGAGUCUUGGUCGCCAAAUUUCUGACGAAGACGUUAAAAAACUAUUGGCAGAUUAUGACAAAGACGGUAGCAAGACUUUGUCAUUCAAAGAAUUUCAAAAAUUGUUGCGAGCAGCAGAAGAAAAGGAAAUGGAAGAUGCGUUUAAGGCAUUUGACGCCGAUGGUAGCGGCUAUAUCACACAAGAUGAGCUCAAGAAGGCGAUGAAAAACAUGGGAGUGAAAUUAAGUGAUAAAGAGAUUAACGAAAUGAUUGCAGCGGCAGAUACGGAUAAAGAUGGAAAAGUCGGUUUUGAAGAAUUCAAGAAAAUGAUGAGUAAGGCGUAGUAAGCUUGAAGCUCAGUGUUACAAGAGGACACUCACUUUUUAGAAUAGCGUGCAGAAUAAAUAAUGCUUUCAUUUUAAUUAGUAAAACUGUAAGGCAGUGCCAGUGUGUAAUUUUAAUUUAGUUGAUCGAAUAACCGAAUAGGUUUUUCAGUCUUUUUGGUAAUAUCUCAGCCAAUAUAAUUAAACGGCGGUUUCUUUUCAAAA